GCUUUAAAUACCGGCUCGUGUCAAGGCGGCUCAACCGCACAAGACACCUGUCGCCUGCCCCGUUGCCCCAACCGGCGAACGUGAAGAAGCCCACUCUCUCUCACCUCCUCCUCACACACUCUCUCUCUCUCUCUCUCUCUACGGUCACUGUUUUUACAUCCCAUAAGAAAAUUAUAAAAGCAUAGAAAUGAGGGUUCUAUUUGAUCCAACUUCGAGUGGAUGAACACUUGGGACCGCUGGUUUAGCACCUGACAGUACUUAUUAAUUGCUUGGAUACAUAAGAAAAUCUUUUUGCGUUCUUGAAUGAUGGGAUCCUACAUGAAUUUUAAGAAUUUUGUUGAGACAUCACAGCCAGAUGUCAACUUCCCAUUGGCCAGACAGUCUUCCAUAUUCUCUCUGACCUUUGAUGAGUUACAGAACACUUUGGGUGGAACUGGAAAGGACUUUGGGUCAAUGAACAUGGAUGAACUGUUAAAGAACAUUUGGACAGCCGACGAGACUCAAUCCACGGCACCCUCUUAUGCCCCCUGUGCAAAUUUGCAAAGACAAGGAUCGCUAUCUUUGUCUCGCACGCUUAGUCAGAAAACCGUGGAUGAAGUAUGGAGAGAUUUGUUUAAAGAAAGUACUGGUGCAAAUGAGGGGAGCGGCGGUGGUGGCAGUGGAGGAGGAGGAGAAGGAAGAGUACAUUUGCCGCUGAGGGAGCCGACUCUGGGAGAAAUGACAUUGGAGGACUUUUUGGUACGAGCAGGUGUAGUCAGAGAAGAUGCUCAACCAAUUAGCAAGCCAAGUAGAUUUUUCAGUGAAAUAUCACAGACAAAUGGUAAUAACAAGGGUCUGAGUCUUGGGUCUCAGCAAUCAGCUCGAGACAACGCACUUCCGGCUAAUCAGAUAACGGGAAAUCAUAAUUCAGUGGCUAAUCCACAGCCGCAGCCACUUUUCCCCAAGCAAGCAACUGUGGCUAUUGCCUCUUGUAUGCCUUUGGUAAGCAAUGCUCAGCUGGCUGUUGGAAUGGUAGAUCCUUCCAUUAACAAUGGUGUAGUCCAAGGUAGUUUCGUACAAAGUGGAGGUGUACAAGGAAGGAAAUGCGGUGGUGUGAUUUUCGAGAAAGCAAUCGAGAAAAGGCAGAAGAGAAUGGUGAAAAAUAGAGAGUCUGCUGCGAGGUCACGGGCUCGAAAACAGGCCUAUACUUUAGAAUUGGAAGCAGAAAUUGAAAAGCUAAAAGAAAUUAAUCAAGAGUUGCAGAAAAAACAGGAAGAAAUUGUGGAGAUGCAGAAAAAUCAGGUACAUGCCCUCUUUGACUCUAUUAGUUGCCUUUACCGAAAAAUCAUUGUUGUUGAUCCAGAGGAGUGGUUAACCCCUACAAAAAAUCAAGGGGAUAGACUCGGAAUCCCCAAAUUACAGACCCAGGGUCAGCUCAAACAAUCCAAUCCAAGAAACACGAAAUUACAGUCUCGGAGCGAACUAGGAAGCAAGAAAACUAGGAGGCAAGUGCCACUCAUCUCUAAUCUUAACAUGAGCAUAGGCAAGCCCUUAGAUCAUCUGCAACUCUAUGAAACACCAUUUCAGAAUUGGAACCCAUAGACCGAAAAAUACAAUUAUUUCUUUCCCUCCGCAAAUGGUAUAUGGAAGCAGGUAGGCCCAGUUCAAGUACUAUAACAGACAAGGAAGACUUAGCCCCAAAAGCCGGGCAUUAUGUAACUGCCUCACCCAGGUUGAGAGGGAACCAAGAACCACCACAUUUUCCUCAAAACCUGACCCCAGACUGCAGCAGAAAAUUGGCACUCAAAAUACUAAGGGUUAUGUGACUCUGUCCCCCAUGACAAAGAACACAGUUAUCAUCCACAGUGAUCCCCAAUCCCCAUUGCAGGAGUCCGUCCUUAGUGCUGAGGCGACCAUGGCAGACCAACCAUUCAAUGAAGGCCCACCUAGGGACAUGCUUUGAACCAUAUGAAAAUACAACAAAUUUGAAGGUUUUCUAAUUCACAGCUAUUAGUACCCAUGGGGACUCAUUUACUGAUUGCUAGUACAAUUUUGAAGUUCUAAUGGCACGGGUUAAGAAGACUAUUUUUAACAUCUCUACAUCAGUGUUCAGACUGCAUCUUUUGCAAGUCAGCCACCAUUAUCUGGACUUCUGUAACAAAACUAACUCAAACAGAAGUUUUCCCGUCAUGCUGAUUUGUUUACUCGAAUGAAAUACAUAGCAUUCUUUACAUUUAGUUUCAAUUUUAUUUAGCUCUUCUAAUCAUUUUUGCUACAUAUUGCUUUGCCUUCUGUUGAUCACACCAAGAGGCUGCCAUUGGAUUACUCAUUCUAUAAAAGGACCUUAUCCAUUGGUUGUAAUCAUCUGGGUAUGGUCAGUGAGAUUACAUGGGAUCAAGCCACCUUGUGUGUGUUCGUCUGAAUAUCCCAAAGUCACUAGGCAUUCAGGAAAAAGAGUCGACAACUCCUUGUUAAUGGAGAAUACCUUUAGCUAGUAUUUGACUGCACGCGUUAUUGUUUGUUGCACAGGCAGUGGACACGAGAAAUAUGCGAUUGAGAAGUAAGAGUCAAUGCUUGAGAAGGACACUGACAGGCCCCUGGUAAAGUAUAUAGAAAUGGGAACAAGUUGAGGAAAUGUAAUUAAAAUAGCAGAACAUAGUUUGAGCUUGAGUUGUAUUUUAGGGUUGUUACCAGCAUUAGAGUGGACAGCCAAUGCUUGAAUACAGAAACCUUGGCCAUAGUCAGGUGAAAGGACUGAACAGCCUCUUGUGCUGAUUCAAACCUUGUAUGUACAGAAGCAAAAGAGUGUAAUGUGCUGUAAAAUAUCAUACCGGGAUUGAAUUUCGCCAGGAGAUUAAAGUGUCCUAUUUGUGUAA